AUGUCCCAUGGACACGCCCGGCAUUACAUCCACCGACGGUCCACCUGUUCGUAUGUCAAGGUUGUUUCAGGUGAUUCGUGUGCCUCUCUGGUCGAGGAGUGUGAAAUCUCCGCGGAUGACUUCUAUGAUUACAAUCCAUCCAGUGAUCUUUGCUCGACCCUGGCCGCAGGGCAGUAUGUCUGUUGCUCACCAGGUGACCUCCCUGAUUUCGCCCCGUCUGCCGACGCGAAUGGAACUUGUUAUACCUAUUAUGUGGUCUCUGGGGAUACGUGCUCUGCACUCGCAGCCACGUAUAGUCUGACGGAGGAUAAGAUCAACAAGCUCAAUUCCGAUACGUGGGGUUGGUAUGGCUGUGAUGACCUACAAAUCGGCCAGUCGAUCUGUCUUUCAGAGGGCACCCCCCCUUAUCCGGUUGCGCUCGCCAAUGCGGUCUGCGGUCCUCAAGUUCCUGGUACCGACUUCGCGAAUGCGACGGUUGGGGAUUGGCCGACAAUGAACCCCUGCCCACUGAACGCCUGUUGCGAUACUUGGGGCCAGUGUGGUGCGACCCCCGAAUAUUGCAAUGAUACUUUGGCUGCUACUGGCGCGCCGGGAACAGCCGCCGCAGGGUCCAAUGGAUGUAUCUCAAACUGCGGUACAACCAUUGUGAAUACCGCAAUCACUCCGUCUUCAUUCUCCAAGGUAGGGUAUUUUGAUGCCUCCAAUGUGGAACGGCCUUGCCUGCAAAUGAACGCCUUUAGUAUCAGUCCUCAAAAGUUCACGCACGUCCAUUUUGCGUUCGGCAACAUCACUUCGUCCUUUUCAAUCGAUGUUUCUGGCACCGAACAACAAUUUACCUACUUCCGCGAGUUGAAAGAUGUGAAGCGCAUCAUCAGUUUUGGGGGUUGGGAGUUCUCUACAAGCCCGGAUACUUAUAUGAUCUUCCGAGAAGGAGUCACCGCCGCCAAUCGCGAUACUCUGGUGCAAAACGUGGUGCACUUUCUGGAUGAGCAUGACCUUGACGGUGUGGACUUUGACUGGGAGUAUCCCGGCGAGCCUGACAUUCCUGGAAUCCCUGCUGGAAGCGACGACGAGGGCUCGAACUACCUGGAAUUCCUCAUAGCCUUGCGCGAGGCCUUGCCAUCCAAGUCAAUCUCCAUAACUGCCUCUGCAUCUUACUGGUAUCUGAAGGCUUUUCCUAUUGCGGAAAUGGUCCAAGUGGUGGACUACAUUGUCUUCAUGACGUACGACCUGCAUGGGAUAUGGGACCUUGGAGACAAGUAUGCUGACUCGGGCUGUCCGGCGGGUGAAUGUUUGUUCAGCCAUGUCAAUCUUACCGAGACCAUGUGGGCACUGUCCAUGAUAUCCAAGGCCCCGGUAGCCACCAGUUUUAUCAUGGUGGGUGUGGCCAGCUACGGGCGCUCAUUCGAAAUGGCCUCUGCUGGUUGCUAUUCCUCAUCCUGCACAUGGACAGCUGGGGGAGCGCCAGGGCCAUGCACCCAAACCACCGGCUUUAUGUCCAACGCUGAAAUCAACCAGAUUCUGACAGACAAUCCGGAUGCGGAGUAUAUAUUUGAUAAAGGCAGCGAUUCCAAUAUUUUGGUGUAUAAUGAAACCCAAUGGGUGGGUUACAUGACCAACACAACCAAGAGCACUCGGGCGGCUUACUAUGAGACCUUCAACUUCGCGGGUACGAGUGAAUGGGCCAUUGACCUGGAGGAGUUUGAGGUAUAUGUUGACCCCAGCACUCCGGGUCUACUCAGUUUGAACGAGGAGAUAAGCGACUUGGGUCUUCAUGUCAAUCAAAACCUUACCUGUAUCGACCUCAUUUUGGGCCAAAAUACCAGGGCUGAAUAG